AUGAUUCAGAAACUCAUUUCACUGUGGAUUUUACUCCAAUGCGCGUUCGUGACUUCGGUUUUUGGGGAGAACGCCGUGCUCAAAGGUGAAGCCAGUGAUCUGGAUGAGCUGUCCGCGACCCGCAAGCCCAAAGAAGGUUCCAUUAAAUUCAACAUGAGAAAAAGCCUGGAUUUGGAGCACGAAGGAUGUUUUCUGGAGACGGGGAAGAAGGAAUGUCUGGAGAAGUGCGGAUUCAACGCUACAUCCAAAAGUAUUUUCAUCAUCCACGGCUGGACGAUGAGUGGCAUGUUUGAGAACUGGAUGCACAAGCUGGUCUCGGCCGUGAUGCAGAGGGAGACCCAAGCCAACGUGGUGGUGGUGGACUGGAUCCCCAUGGCCCAGCAGCUGUACCCGGACGCGGUCAACCAUACGCGGGGAGUGGGACAGGACAUCGCCGACAUGUUGGACUGGCUUCAGGCUGAAGCAGAAAUGCCGCUGGGAAAUGUGCAUCUGAUCGGGUACAGCCUCGGCGCGCACGUGGCGGGCUACGCUGGAACCUUCGUCCAAGGAACCAUCGGGAGGAUCACAGGCUUGGACCCGGCUGGCCCCAUGUUCGAGGGAGCGACGGAGCAGAAGCGUCUCUCCUCGGACGACGCAGACUUCGUGGACGUGCUUCACACUUACACUCGUGAAGCUCUGGGAGUCAGUAUCGGGAUCCAGCAGCCCAUCGGAGACAUCGACAUCUACCCCAACGGAGGAGACGUCCAGCCGGGCUGCGCCAUCGGUGAUGUCCUGGCGGUGGCUGGAAACUUCAUGGAGGUGAUGAAGUGCGAGCACGAGAGAGCCGUGCAUCUGUUCGUGGACUCUCUGAUGAACAAGGACCACAUGAGCUACGCCUUCCAGUGCACCGACCCCGAGCGCUUCAAGAAGGGCAUCUGCCUCAGCUGCCGCAAAAACCGCUGCAACAACAUCGGCUACAACGCCCGAAAGAUGCGCAAGAGGCACACCACCAAAAUGUACCUGAAGACCCGCGCCGACACGCCCUUCGGAGGCUUCCACUUUCAGUUGAAAAUGCACGUGUUUGACAGAAAGUCAUCGGUCGACCCGGAUCCCACCUUCCACGUCAAGUUGUACGGCGCUCACAAUGACUCCACCGACAUCUACGUCGAAGUCCCUGACAAUAAAAUUGGGUUGAAUGCCACCAACACGUUUCUGGUGUUCACUGAAGAGGACAUCGGCGAUCUGCUUAAGAUCGAGCUGAGCUGGGAGGGGGACGGAGAGUCCUGGAGUUCUGUUUGGAAAAGCUUUCGGAAAAGUUUCUUCACCUGGAACACCAACCUUAACAAACCAGUGCUGCAAGUCCGGCGUAUCCGUGUGAAAGCUGGAGAAACACAAAAGAAGUUUACAUUCUGCGUCCCAGACGAGACAAAGAUGGACAUUUCACCCGGAGACUCCCUAACAUUUGUGAAGUGUCGUGAUGGCUGGGAUUCCAAACCAAGAAAAAGACUGCCGAUGUAA